UUUCCCACGGCUUUCCGUCUCCUCCUCCUCCUCCUCCUCCUCUCUCUCUCUCUCUCUCUCCCCACACACACACACACACACACUUCCCAUUUCUUAAUCAAGUGCUUUUAGAAAAAACAAAACUCCCACUAGUUUUUAGAAAACUCCCAAUUCCAGUUCCUCCCUUCCACUUCACCUCAACCCAGUUUUCAACAACUACAGACACGCCACUGACAUCAGAGAGAGAGAGAGAGAGAGAGAGAGAGAGAGAGUAUAUUGAAGAUGUUGGAGUCGUGUUACAGGCCGCUAGAGCGGUGCUUCGGUGGCGGCGGCGGCGGCGGCGGCGACGGACUUCUCUGGCACAUGGACUUGAAGCCGCACGCCUCCGGCGACUACUCGAUCGCGGUAGUUCAAGCCAAUUCUUCGCUGGAGGACCAGGGGCAGGUGUUCACCUCCCCUUCCGCCACAUACGUCGGCGUUUACGACGGCCACGGCGGCCCCGAGGCGUCUCGCUUCAUCAACUCCCACCUCUUCCCUUACCUCCACAGGUUUGCUUUAGAACAAGGAGGAUUAUCAGCUGAGGUGAUAAGGAGGGCGUUUGACGCAACUGAAGAGGAUUUUGUGCAUUUGGUGACGCGAUCAUGGGUAGCUCGGCCUCAAAUUGCAUCAGUUGGGUCUUGUUGUCUUGUUGGGGCGAUUACGGAUGACAUGUUGUACGUGGCGAAUCUAGGGGAUUCAAGGGCGGUGCUUGGACGAAGAGUGUCUAAUGGGCGGAUGAGUAACUCCACUGCUGUGGUAGCGGAGCGCUUAUCAACGGAUCAUAAUGUUGGGGUUGAAGAGGUGAGGAAGGAAGUUGAAGCGCUUCAUCCCGAUGAUGCCCAUAUUGUGGUGCAUACUCGUGGAGUUUGGAGAAUUAAGGGCAUUAUUCAGGUAUCCAGAUCAAUAGGAGAUGUAUAUCUGAAGAAACCCGAGUUUCAUAGAGAUCCGCGUUUCCAGCAAUUUGGAUCACCCGUUCCUUUAAAACGAGCUGUGAUGUCCGCAGAGCCUUCUAUAUUGAUUAGAAAGCUGAGGCCACAAGAUUUGUUCUUGAUAUUUGCUUCAGAUGGCCUCUGGGAGCAACUGAGUGAUGACUUAGCUGUUGAAAUUGUCGUGAAAAAUCCGAGAGUUGGAAUAGCCAAGAAAUUGGUUAGAGCUGCCCUUGGGGAGGCGGCAAGGAAAAGAGAAAUGAGCUACGACGACAUCAAAAGAAUAAAAAAAGGGGUAAGGCGGCAUUUCCACGACGAUAUCACAGUAGUGGUGGUAUAUCUGGAUCGUGAACGCAGUUCAGCAAAUGGGAAAUGCACGGUUGAUUGCACUAGUGCCCCUAUUGAUAUUUUCUCGCUUAAUUCAGAUGAAGCAGAUGAUACACCACUCACUACUUACUAAAAAAUCCUUUGGCGUUGCCCUAUAGAUAAUGAAAAAAUUCACGCCCACCGGCUCUCAAAGCGGGGGGAUAAUUAGAGGAAGGAGGUGUUGUAACUAACUAUGUGGAGGGAUAUGAUAGAUUGAAGCUGCUGGUUUCCCCAGCUUGGGUUUUGACCUCGUUGCUUUGUUUAUUGUUCUUUUGUAUGUAUUUCUCAAGUGAGAUUGUAUCAGAAUCUUUCACAUUUGGCACAAUUGGAAAAGUUCCCUCUGUAUCUGAGCAUUUAUUUGUAUAUUAGUAACCAUUAUUGGUGGUUUA